GCUCGGUGACGAGAAGAGGGCAAGCUAAGAGAAGGCUUGCUGGGGGAAGGGGACAGCUCUGGGGGCAGCUCUCGUGCCCUCCUCCAGGCCCCCAGCGCCAUGACGGUGUCGUACACCCUCAAAGUGGCAGAGGCCCGCUUCGGAGGCUUCUCGGGGCUGCUUCUCCGUUGGAGGGGAAGCAUCUACAAGCUCCUCUACAAGGAGUUCCUACUCUUCAUCGUCCUGUACGCUCUGCUCAGCAUCACCUACCGGCUGCUGCUGACCCAGGAGCAGAGGCUCGUGUAUGCCCAGGUGGCCCGAUACUGCAACCGCUCUGCAGACCUCAUCCCCUUGUCCUUUGUCCUAGGUUUCUACGUGACCUUGGUGGUGAACCGCUGGUGGGCCCAGUACACAAGCAUCCCGCUGCCGGACCAGCUGAUGUGCGUCAUCUCGGCCAGCGUGCACGGCCUGGACCAGCAGGGCCGCCUGCUGCGCCGCACCCUGGUCCGCUAUGCCAACCUGGCGUCAGUGCUAGUGCUGCGCUCGGUCAGCACCCGGGUGCUUAAGCGCUUCCCCACCAUGGAGCACGUGGUGGAUGCAGGUUUCAUGUCUCAGGAAGAAAGGAAAAAGUUUGAGAGCCUGAAGUCUGACUUCAACAAGUACUGGGUCCCCUGUGUCUGGUUCACCAACCUGGCGGCCCAGGCCCGGAGCGACGGGCGAAUCCGUGAUGACAUUGCUCUCUGCCUGCUCCUGGAAGAGCUGAACAAGUACCGAGCCAAGUGCAGCAUGCUGUUUCACUAUGACUGGAUCAGCAUCCCUCUCGUCUACACCCAAGUGGUGACCAUAGCAGUAUACUCCUUCUUUGCCCUCUCCCUGGUUGGCCGCCAGUUUGUGGAGCCAGAGGCAGGGGCCGCCAAACCUCUGGAGCCAGGCCCGGACCCGGGGCCAGUGCUGGGGGACCUGGACAUGUAUGUGCCUCUCACCACUCUGCUGCAGUUCUUCUUCUAUGCUGGCUGGCUCAAGGUGGCCGAACAGAUCAUCAACCCCUUUGGUGAGGAUGAUGAUGACUUUGAAACCAACCAGCUCAUUGACCGCAACUUGCAGGUGUCCCUGCUCUCCGUGGAUGACAUGUACCAGAACCUGCCUCCGGCGGAGAAGGACCUGUACUGGGAUGAAGGCUCAGUGCAGCCGCCCUACACGGUGGCCACGGUGGCGGAGUCUCUGAAGCCUUCCUUUCUGGGCUCAACUUUCAACCUGCGCAUGAGUGACGACCCCGAGCGGAGUCUGCAGGUGGAGGCGACCCCUGCAUUGGCUCGGCAGGUGCCAGCCACGCAGACCCCGCUGCUCAGCCGCUUCCUGGGUGCAGGAGCACCCUCCCCUGCCAUCAGUCUCCGGAACUUCGGCCGGACACGAGGACCUCCCCGGACCCCUUAUCUGCUGCGCUCCAGGGCCGAGGAGGGUGGAGACCCCGAGGACUGCAUUGAGGAGGUGGACUGCAUGGAGGAGGAGGCGGGUCCAGAGGACCAGGCCCAGGAGCCCUGAGCAGAGGCAGCCCCUCCCCCCUUCUCGCCCCCUCCCCGGUGUAUUAGGAGCAGGAGCAGUUAGGGACCGCCUUGAAAGAGGAAGAUGGAGAGAAGGGCCUGAGCCAAGGCUCGGAAUGUGUCCACUUUGACGGGAGGAGGGAUGGAUUCUGUGGGGAGCUGAAGCUGGAAGAACACAUGGAGAGGCAGAGGCGCAGCUACGGCCCCGGUGCAGCUCAUUUCCUCGGCAGUGGGGGGCUAGGCCAGCUCUCAGUCUUGAGGAAGCAUCACCAUGACUGAAGGGCUCAUUAAAAAGUCCUAGGUUCCACUCUCAACGUUUCACUAGAUCUGAAAUGGAGCUCGAGGAUCACAAUUUGAGUCAUACAUAAGAUGUUUAGAAUAUACCCUAGCCCGAUAACCUCACUCUGAAGAUGAAUCAAA